UGCUUGGACGCAUGAACUGUGGCGCAUGAAUACGCACGCGGCCGAUUUGUGGCUUGAACGGUGGCGCGCGCUUCCUUUGCAGAUCAGCUGACUUUGGGUAUGCGGAAGAAGUCAAUUAGAAACGUUAGCUGCCGAGAAAACGGGCUUUAAACAAAAAGUUACAGUGUAAAGUAUAAACCAGAGGAAGGGUUAUUUUAUGUAGGUUUGUAGCAGGUUUGCUGUUGAUAUUUGGCACGGUGUGAGCUGUCAGAGAGGUGGAAUGGCACACAGCGAGACUGGGGUUGUAGUGACUGGAACUCAGGUGUCCUAUAUCGGACAUGAUUGUGAGCUCAUCCCAGAGUUUCUUGCGGCUAAUUAUGGGAGUCUUGCAAAACGACUAGAUCUUAGCUUCAACCGACUGAGGUCACUGACAGGCCUGAAAGCGUUCAGCCAACUGGAAGAGCUGAUUGUGGACAACAAUCUUCUUGGAAAUGACCUCCGGUUGCCCAGGUUACCGCAGCUCCAUACCCUAACACUCAAUAAGAACCAACUCUCAGACAUUGAGGCCUUGCUUGAGCAUUUGCAGGAAGUGACACCAGCUCUAGAGUACCUGAGCCUGCUGGGAAAUGAGGCCUGUCCAAAUCAGCUGGUCAGCCUGGAUAAAGAUGAGGAUGAUUACCAGAGAUACAGGUACUUUGUGCUGCAUAAACUGAGGAACUUGAAGUUUCUGGACAGCAGGAGAGUGACUCAGUCUGAACAUCUGGAGGCACAGUCCCGCGGCGUGUUCAUGAAGGUGGUCAAGCCCAAAAAUGAGCAGGAUGUACGUGAUCGCAGAUCCGACACCACUUCUAUGCCUUAUACUCCUCUACCAAGAUCCAAAGAUGCAAAAAACCCCAAAGGAGUGAUUGCUAAGUGCCGUUACAUCUACUACGGCAAGCAUUCAGAGGGCAACCGCUUCAUCCGCAAUGACCAGCUCUGAUGGACAGACGGACGGGCCGGGACAUGCAGCAGAGCUUUAUAAAGAUGUCUUCUCGUGUGUCUUUAUUAAUAUCCACAUCACCACGUGCAUUUUAAGCAGCUGAACACAGCCCUCUAGUGCCUUCUGCUGAGUGCGCCAUCCCUGCCACCUCUCAUCUCUCUCUCUCUGCCUGAGCCGUGCCACUCACACUGACAUCAUUGCCUUUAAGCAGCCUACACACACACACACACACACACACACACACACACACACACACACACACACACACACACACACACACACACACACACACACACACACACACACACACAUCCAAGUGACUGUGUUGACAGCUACUGCUUCAUGAUGGAUUGCCUGAUCCAACUGCUACACUCUGUGGGUCAAAGGUUACACCUGAGGCUGCAGUGUGCCCAUGAGGACACACAGGAUGAGCCCUCCUCAAAGUCAAAGCUAAAGUUAAACACACAGAAAUACACAUGUGCACACACACACACACACACACACACACACACACACACACACACACACACACACAUAUACACACACACACACACACACACACAGAGUUCAUUCCACAUUCACAUCAGUAUGUUUCUGUUUAUACAAAAACACAGCAUUGUGUAAGACUUUAUACACUUCUGUACUUUCUUUUGGGAAAAAAACAUCUUCUAAACUCAGGAAGUACAUACAGCGAUAAUCUUUAAUUGCUUCUCACCAGUCACUGUUAAUAUUGUUUGAAACGUUAUUCAAAUAAUUUGCUCUAAGCAAGUGUAACUAUACCAGCAAGAAACAUUUGAUGAACAUGUAAUCGUACAUUUCUGACUUUUUAUUGCCAGAUGAAGGGCAUUUACAGGCACCUUGCACUGUGGCCUUGCAUGUGGUCAUGUGUAUGGGUGUGUGUAUGAGUGUGUGAGCGUGCAUUUGUGUGUGUUUGUGUGUACGCGUGCGUGUGUGCGUAUGUGUUGUGUGAAGUUGGUGUGUUGCGGGGGCAGAUGUUUCCGCGCAGGAGCCUGGAGGAGCUGGGAAAGUGCGUGGUAAUGAGCUUUGCUCUCGUUGCUUGGGUCCAGGAGAGGAAAAAAAGAGACAGGCGAGACAGAGCAGCAGGACUGAGGGGAGGGAGAGAAGUCAACAACUUCUUCCAUUCCUCCUCUUAUUGCCUCCUCGUGUGAUAUGCACACUAUUUUAAUGACUUGCUCUGUAACUUUUGUUUAUGAAAAAAAAAAAAAAAUCCUGAAGAGCUUUUGCUGCAUUUCAGUAACUGGGUUUCUGCAAAUGGUCUCAACAUUUACUGGAUUUGAUACAUCAAGUGAAUUAAAUAUUGGAUGCUUUCA